GGGCGGAGCCUAGGCUCUAGGCGGCGGCGGCAGCUGGUGUGGGGAUGCUUAGAUGCGCCACGGCUUCAGUAGCGACGGCCUCUCUAGCUGGGUCUGAGCCUCGCCAGCCCCUCCCCCAGGAGACUGUUGCAGUCGGCCAGCCGCUGCUCCACUGUAACCAUGUGCGACCGAAAGGCGGUGAUCAAAAAUGCCGAUAUGUCGGAGGAGAUGCAACAGGACUCCGUGGAAUGUGCUACUCAGGCGUUGGAGAAAUAUAACAUAGAAAAGGACAUUGCGGCCCAUAUUAAGAAGGAGUUUGACAAGAAGUACAACCCCACCUGGCACUGCAUCGUGGGGAGGAACUUCGGUAGUUACGUGACACAUGAAACCAAACACUUCAUCUACUUCUACCUGGGCCAGGUGGCCAUUCUUCUGUUCAAAUCGGGUUAAAAGCAUGGACUGUACUACACACCCAGUGAUCCAUCCAAAAAUAAGGAUUGCAGCCUAAAUUCCAAAUACCAGAGACUGAAAUCUUCAGCCUUGCCUAAAGGAACACCUUAAUUUUGAACCUUUAUUGUGUUGUUUUGUACAGGGUAUUCGCUGUACUCAUUUGUUGUGGUUAUAAAACAAUUAGCAAAGCAG